AUGGCUCUCGGUGCGAUCACUAUUACUCAUACUGGUGCCCACGAAGACAGUCUCGAAGGGCUUCACGAGGCAGAGAGGCAAUUACCUGCGAUCCAUGGACUUCAAGACCGGUGGACUGAUGAUCUCCCAGAAAUGACUCUGGAAGCUAAAACUAAAAGAUUGAAAGCAAUUGAGAUGUUUCAAACAUCAAACAAGAAAAUCAUAUGCGACCCGGCGCCCACCAGAUGGUCAGAAAUCACAGCAGCGCUAGCAACAGUUAAACAUAUUGUCCUACCACCAGAUCUCGACGAUCUUGCGUGUCUUUCCCAUGCGCCACCAACACCUCAUGUAGGUGUGAAUAGGUUAGUCAAAGCAACGUGUAGCCUGAUUGAAUGUUUUGAUCAAGGUGUAAUAGAAGUUUGGGUGGAAGCAUCCCCACUGGACCAGCUUGUAGUCAUUGCACUUGAAACUUUGCAAGAAGAUUAUUUGUCAAGAUCCGAGCGAUUGUGGGGGUUGAAGGUUUUGCGGUGUAUCCAAGCCUAUCUUCCAAGAGGAGACCUGGAACCUAUCAGGUCAAACCCGAGUACGGGACCUGUUUCUCGAGGAGCAUUGGAGCUCUUUUUGACUGAAGGACUCGAUCUCACAACGAUGAAAAAGCUGGCAAAUGACAACAUAAGUGAAGUGCUUGAAAGGGUUGAAAUUAUCGUGAACAUUAGGAACUACUUUGAAAAUUUUGGAAAAGCCAACCUGAAUGCCAACUUCAUCGAGAUAUUCGAUUCAUUACUUCAAAGAAAGGGCGCAGCUGGUAGGGAGACAUUACAAUGGAUAGCCUUGAGAUGCAUGCAGCACAUGGUGACUCUGGGUAAUUCCCCUAAAGAGACAGAUUGUGUCUUUCAUAUACUCGAGCAUAUCUCAACAUAUAACACGGCUUGUAGAGAGCGUAUACAAGAUCAUGUUACACGGAAUGAUCACUUUGGAAAAAUCUAUCAAGCCAUUUCCGAUAGAUUCAAGUAUCAAUCUGCUGUGCGGCCCAGCAUUCAAGAGUACUUUUCGCGUGAAGAUGUAGAUAAUUACGUUGGUAACCUUCUUUUGCCUUUCAUAGGCCUUUCAUUGGUUCAACGUGAACACAUCGAACAUAUCAUUACUUCUUUCAAAGCUCAAGAUUCUGCAUUGAAAGAUGGCACAGCUGAACUAUACGGCCUGGAUCCUGAUAAAGCACAAAAGUAUCGCGAAGAUCAAGAAUUUGUCAUUGGAAUCCUUUACAAAGCAAGUCCUUACAUCGAGGGUAGUAGAGAGUUGCUUGAUGGUGAAAUUCACGUUCCCCGAGGAAAUUUGCACUAUCGACCCGAUUUAAAUCACAUAUCUAACUCUGAGAACAGAAGUGCUGUCUUGUGUCCUAUUUGCCUCGAUGGAUUUUUUGAAGGUCAAAGGGUGAUCAAGUUAAAGUGUUCCAAACCUCACAAGUUUCACGAACAAUGUAUGAAUUAA